CGGCGCACGGAGGAGCCUGUCCUCGAGCCGCGCCAGCCGAGCCAGCCGGGCUCCGUGCUCGGUCCGCUCGCCGCGCCGGAGAGAGCUGCCCGAGACAGAGCCAGCCCGCCGGCGCCGAGCUGCCGAGCGCACGGCCCAGGAGCCCCGGAGUGUGGCGCGGCGAACCCCCGGCGGCGGCAGAAGGACCCGAGCGCCAGGAGAGGGCGGACGGGGGACAAGGAGGCUCCCGACCGCGACGAGGAGAGUCUCGGAGGAGAAGGCGGCGUGAGGGACACCGGGGCCUCCAGCCGCCGCAGCCGAGUCGGGGCGAGCAGCCCAUACGGGGAGCCCCAACGGCCGGCCGCGGCCAGGGGAGGGGGCGCCGGCGGUUCCCGCACUAGAGAGCAGAGGGCGAGAGCGCGCGACCCGCCAGCGGCCCGCCGCGGCCGCCGCGCCGCCCUCCCCCGCGCUGUCAGCCCCGCGGGGCGCAGCCGCCGCCGCAGCAUCUUCUGCCCCUGCGCCCCCGCCAGCCCCGAGGAAGUCCCCGCUGAGGACUGGGGCCCCCGGGAGCGCAAGAGGAAAGACCAGAGACUACCCUAAAUCACCCAGAUGCGAAGGAUUGAAGCAGCCUAGCCAAACCUUUCUGUGGAUUAAAAAAAUACGAUUUUUUUUUUUUUUUGGGCAGAAGAAAAGGAGAGGAAGACCAGCGGGGCUCUGCAAGGAAAAAAGGGGGAUGUAACUCGUGGAUACGUUUUUUCCACCCCUCAAACGUCUAGUUCUACUUUGUAAACAUUUUCUUUUUUUAAACCCCAGGUCCAGCCGGACGCCCCCAGACCUCCGGGGUGCGAGGAGGUGGUGUUUUUCAUUUUGGGCUUUGCAUGUUUGGUUCUUAGAUUUUGAGAGAGCUUCCUUAUUUCGCCAGACAUCUCAUGCGGGGUGAAGUCCACUCAGCCUCCUCCCCCGAGUCUUCGUGUGUACGGAAUUCAAGGCGAUCCGGUUACUAAGGAUAUAGAGGAAAAAAAUAAAUCGCGUGCCUGCUUUUUUUUUUUUUUAAUUGCCAGCUUCUCCCCACCCCCAAAUUAAGUUGCUUAGCAAGGGGGAAAGAGGCUUUUUCCUCCCUCCAGCAGCCCAGCCGAACGCCUUUAGUUUUUUGCCCUCGCGGAUCUUCCAUGUAGGCAGCCGAGGCUGGCGAGCCCGACACUCGGGAGCCGCUGCGGGGGGGCCUCUUUUUGGGGAGGCGCCGACCGGGGUAGGCUUCGCCGCCCCCAGGGAAGCGGCGGCCGCGUUCCUCCGGGGUGCGCCGGGGCCCGAGAGCGGCGCACGGCGCGGGCCGCGAGGGGUGGGGCAGCCGGAGCGCAGGCCCCCGAGCCCCGGCGGGCGCCCCCGGGCCCCCGCGCGCGCCCCGGCCUCCGGGAGACUGGCGCAUGCCACGGAGCGCCCCUCGGGCCGCCGCCGCUCCUGCCAGGGCCCCUGCUGCUGCUGCUGUCGCCUGCGCCUGCUGCCCCAACUCGGCACCCGACUUCUUCAUGGUGUGCGGAGGUCAUGUUCGCUCCUUAGCCGGCAAACGACUUUUCUCCUCGCCUCCUCGCCCCGCAUGUUCAGGACCAAACGAUCUGCGCUCGUCCGGCGUCUCUGGAGGAGCCGUGCGCCCGGCGGCGAGGACGAGGAGGAGGGCGCGGGGGGAGGCGGAGGAGGAGGCGACCUGCGGGGAGAAGGGGCGACGGACGGCCGGGCGCAUGGGGCCGGUGGCGGCGGCGCAGGCAGGGCUGGCUGCUGCCUGGGCAAAGCGGUGCGAGGUGCCAAAGGUCACCACCAUCCCCACCCCCCAGCCGCGGGCUCCGGCGCGGCCGGGGGCGCCGAGGCGGAUCUGAAGGCGCUCACGCACUCGGUGCUGAAGAAACUGAAGGAACGGCAGCUGGAGCUGCUGCUCCAGGCCGUGGAGUCCCGCGGCGGUACGCGCACCGCGUGCCUCUUGCUGCCUGGCCGCCUGGACUGCAGGCUGGGCCUGGGGGCGCCCUCCGGCUCGCAGCCCGCGCAGCCGCCCUCGUCCUAUUCGCUCCCCCUCCUGCUGUGCAAAGUGUUCAGGUGGCCGGAUCUCAGGCAUUCCUCGGAAGUCAAGAGGCUGUGUUGCUGUGAAUCUUACGGGAAGAUCAACCCCGAGCUGGUGUGCUGCAACCCCCAUCACCUUAGCCGACUCUGCGAACUAGAGUCUCCCCCUCCUCCUUACUCCAGAUACCCGAUGGAUUUUCUCAAACCAACUGGAAAGAAGGACCACAUUCUCUUGGGUUUCCUGCAGAGAUACCUGGACAGAUCUGUUCACCGGAUUCAAGCAGUCACCCUCUCAGGCCAGGACCUCAUUUUCACAGACUGUCCAGAUGCUGUGCCUUCCUCCGCUGAAACAGGGGGAACGAAUUAUCUGGCCCCUGGGGGGCUUUCAGAUUCCCAACUUCUUCUGGAGCCUGGGGAUCGGUCACACUGGUGCGUGGUGGCAUACUGGGAGGAGAAGACGAGAGUGGGGAGGCUCUACUGUGUCCAGGAGCCCUCCCUGGAUAUCUUUUAUGAUCUACCUCAGGGGAAUGGCUUUUGCCUCGGACAGCUCAAUUCGGACAACAAGAGUCAGCUGGUGCAGAAAGUACGGAGCAAAAUCGGCUGUGGCAUCCAGCUCACGCGGGAAGUGGAUGGCGUGUGGGUGUAUAACCGCAGCAGUUACCCCAUCUUCAUCAAGUCAGCCACACUGGACAACCCGGACUCCAGGACACUGUUGGUACACAAAGUGUUCCCCGGUUUCUCCAUCAAGGCUUUUGACUACGAGAAAGCGUACAGCCUGCAGCGGCCCAACGACCACGAGUUCAUGCAGCAGCCGUGGACUGGCUUCACCGUGCAGAUCAGCUUCGUGAAGGGCUGGGGCCAGUGCUACACCCGCCAGUUCAUCAGCAGCUGCCCGUGCUGGCUGGAGGUCAUCUUCAACAGCCGGUAGCCACGUGGGGAGAGGACAGAGCGGGAGCCGAGCGGGCCCAGUCCAAACUACUUUGCUGCUAAUAUUUUCCUCCUGAGUGCUUGCUUUUCAUGCAAACUCUUUGGUCGUUUUUUUUUUUUUCUUCUUCUUCUUCUUCUUUUUUUUUUUUCCCUCUCCCCUCCUUCCCUUCGUUCUUGUUUAUGUUCUGUUUUGUUCUUUGAGAAAUAGCUUAUGAAAAGAAUUGUCGGGGUUUUGGCAGGGGCGGGUGGUAUGGUUGGCAGAACACCGAGGCAUGAAAAGGGGAAGCAAAAAUCAGUAGCACAGAACACAGUAUAAAUGGGGGGCAGGCCUCGACUUCGGGGUCCUCGUUGCCCUCGUCAGGGUGUACGAGAGAGAGAGAGAGAGAGAGAGCGCGUGUGUGUGUACGCAGAUGGGGCAAGCGGUGUGCUCUGUGUGUUUCCUACAUGUUGACCGCCGAGAGGUUUGCGCUCCCAGGCCGUGUCCCUCGUGCUCCUUGGACUUGCACAGUGGGGCAGCGGGUGUCCCAGCAGCGGCCAGCAGCAAGGCUCUGUCCCCCAGCCUGGGGAAGCCCCCAUCCCGCCUCUCCCCUUCUAGGACAUUGGCCUGUCCGCAGGCUUCUUAGAAGCCACCCUGCCAGAGGCUGAACCAGAACCUGUUUUUCCAUGCUGUCUCACUCCCCUCCGGCCACCCUGCUGCCGUUGUCGUGUCUUUCCUUUUUGGCCAUCUGCUCCUGGAUACCUCUGAGAUGGGCUUCCCGAGGGCUGCCGGGGCAGCCCCCGUCACAGUAUUGCUCACCCAGUGCCCUCUCAGGCCCCUCCGCCUCUCCCCUGCCCUGGUUACAUCAGGUUAUUCCUGGACUCAGAAAACCAGCUCAGCACUUUCCUCCCCUCUGCAGCCUGUGUGUUGAGCUCUGCUGUUAGACCAGCGAGGGGAGCCGCCCCCCUCCCCACCAAGAAGGAUUCGGUCCAUCUUAACCCAAGGUACCAUCCUGAGCUGACACCUAACUCUUCCGUUUCUUCUACAACUCAUACACUCGUAUGAUACGUUGACACUGCUCUUAGCUCAAUGAGCAUGUUUAGACUUUAACAUAAGCUAUUUUUCUAACUACAAAGGUUUAAAUGAACAAGAGAAGCAUUCUCAUUGGAAAUUUAGCAUUGUAGUGCUUUGAGAGAAAAAGGACUCCUGAAAAAGAAACCCUGAGAUUUAUUAAAGAAAAAAUGUAUUUUAUGUUAUAUAUAAAUAUAUUAUUACUUGUAAAUAUAAAGACGUUUUAUAAGCAUCAUUAUUUAUGUAUUGUGCAAUGUGUAUAAACAAAAAUAAAGAAGAUGCACUUUGCUUUAAUAUAAAUGCAAAUAACAAAUGCCAAAUUAAAAAAGAUAAACACAAGAUUGGUGUUUUUUUCUAUGGGUGUUAUCACCUAGCUGAAUGUUUUUCUAAAGGAGUUUAUGUUCCAUUAAACAAUUUUUAAAAUGUA